GAAUACAGAUAUAAGAAGCUUGCAUAUAUGUGCUUGCUUUUGUGAUCUCUGUUUCUUUAUUGGUGCUGCAAUGGAGGAAACAGAGGGAACCCCAAGUAAGCACAAAGCUUUGAGCAACGAAUAUGCCCGCCAAUCUGCUCAUAUCAUAGGCAAUGAUUCAUGGCAACAAGUUGGGUUGAUGCUGACAACAAGCUUCAAUUGUGGGUACAUAUUGAGCUUUUCAAAUCUUCAAUUGAAGCCUUUGGGUUGGGCAUGGGGUAUCACAUGCCUGCUGAUUUUUGGGCUCUAUACUUUAUAUGCCAACUGGCUUAUUGCUGCUUUUCACGUCAUCAAUGGCCAAAGGUUCAUUAGAUACAGAGAUCUCAUGGGCUAUACAUGCGGGAGAAAAAUGAAUUACAUCACAUUUUUCCUCCAAUACUUGGUCAUUCUUCUUACAAACAUGGGUUUCAUUCUCCUUGGGGGAAAAGCGCUCAAGGCGAUAAACGCAGAGUUCAGCGACUCUCCUUGGAGGCUCCAAUACUUCAUCAUUCUCACCGGAGUAGCCUUCUUCAUUUUUGCAUUUUGCGUUCCUACAAUGUCUGAUAUGGGAAUUUGGCUCAUCCCCUCUACAAUUGUCACCUUUGUUUAUGUAAUCAUACUAUUGGUGGUACUAAUUGGCGAUGGGAAAGCUAACACAAACCGUGAUUAUCAUGUCAGCGGAAGCAAAGAAGACAGGGUGUUCAAAGCCCUUAAUGCAAUUUCAGCAAUUGUUGUCUGCAGUAGUUCAGGCUUAGUACCAGAAAUACAGUCAACUCUUCGGAAGCCUGUAGUGGCAAAUAUGAGGAAGGCUCUGUACAUGCAGUUUACUGUGGGGCUCCUCUUUUACUAUGGAGUUACCAUAGCAGGAUAUUGGGCAUUUGGCUCAAAAGUAUCUGAAUACCUCCCGAAUCAGCUAAGUGGUCCUAGAUGGAUCAAGGUCUUCAUAAACGCUGCCGUUUUUGUACAAUCCAUAGUCUCCCAACAUACAUUUGUUAUACCAAUUCAUGAGGCCCUUGAUACCAAGUUCCUCCACCUUGAUAAGAGCAUUAACUCAGCAGAAAAUCUCAAGAGGAGAUUUUGCAUUCGAGCCCUCCUCUUCGCUGGAAAUACACUUGUGACAGCAGCUAUUCCUUUCAUGGGGGACUUUGUAAACUUGUUUGGCGCAUUAGCACUCAUUCCUCUAACGCUCGUGUUCCCAAGCUUGAUUUUCAUUAAUGUCAAGGGAAAGACAGCUAGACCACAUCAGAACUUAUGGCAUUGGUUCAACAUUAUUACUUUUUCUCUCAUUGCGUUGGCUGCCACAAUUUCUGCAGUAAGAUUGAUAGUCUACAAUGUUGAGAAAUAUAGUUUAUUUUCAAAUUCAUGAACCAUCAAUAUGUAAUGACAGUCGAGUUUACAGAUUUCACCUGCCAAAAGGUACAUAUAUACUUUCUGCAACAUAGUACACAGCAUAAGUAGAGUGAUCGCUGCAAGUUCAUUAUUCCAAGAAAAAAAAGAGGGGGGCGGGUAAAAAGUGUGUGUUUGUGUGUAUACACACUUUCUGCUAUACUUUAUUCUGUUUCGCUCUUUAUCCCUGAAAGGAUGAUCUUCCAUCCAAAAUUAAACAGUGUAAAGAAGCCAAAGACAAUCUAAAACAAGUGAUGAGAAUAUAAUGCCUUGCUGAAAUGAAGCUCAACGAUUACUGAGGCGAACAAAACGUAGCAGGAUUCUGUUUUAACAGUGAGGAUUUCAAGGCCACUGUGUCGGUAUCUGGCAGCAUUCAUGCCAAUUACUGGUUAACUGUCUUCAAUAUAUUAUAAUUGGGCUUACGAA